AUGGAUGAUUUGGAAGAUGGUGAAUUAAGCUCAGCUGCUUCUUCUGAUAACGAGGGUGGGGAAGCGGAAGAGGAGCAACAGGAGCAACAGGAAGAAGAAGAGAAAGAUGAAGACGACGAUGGCGGAGAACGAAAGGCUGAUGAGCUAGAAAGCAAUGUCUUUAAUGCUGAUGUUGAUGUAGAUGACUUGGCUCCCAUCGAUUUACCUGAAUGGACUAACUUAGCUAAAUUUUCAUUAACUAUAUUACAGGGUUUACAAAGUUUAGGAUUUACCAAACCAACAGCCAUUCAAGCUAAGGCAAUUCCAUAUGCUCUUGAGAACGCCGAUAUAAUGGGUAAGGCAUCUACCGGUUCAGGUAAGACUUUAGCAUAUGGUAUCCCAAUUUUGGAAAACUUAAUUAAGACAGCUAAAAAAGAUAGCUCUCAGACAGAUGGGAUAAAAAAUAAACCAAUCGCAUUAAUCUUUACGCCAACAAGAGAAUUGGCUCAACAGGUUACCAAACAUUUACAAAAUAUAAGUCAACUAUUUUUGAAAAAUUCACCAUACGCAAUUUUAUCAUUAACAGGUGGUUUGUCUAUUCAAAAACAAGAAAGAUUAUUGAAAUAUGAUAAUAGUGGUAAAAUAGUGAUUGCUACGCCUGGUAGAUUCUUAGAAUUAUUAGAAAAAAACAAUGAUUUAAUUGAAAGAUUCUGUCAAAUUGAUACCUUAGUAUUAGAUGAAGCAGAUAGAUUAUUGCAAGAUGGUCAUUUCGAUGAAUUUGAGAAAAUUCUGAAAUACUUAGGUCAAAAACGUAAAGAAUUAAAAUUAAAGAAAGCCAAUCAAUAUUGGCAGACAAUGAUUUAUUCAGCAACUUUUUCAAUUGAUCUAUUUGAUAAGUUAGCCAAUUCAUCAUGGAAAUCGAACAAGAAGAUUAAACAAUAUGAAAAUGAAAUGGAAACUGUUUUGCAUCAUCUGAUGAAUAAAAUUCAUUUCCAAUCUAAACCAAUUAUAAUAGAUAUGAAUCCAGAUCAAAAGAUUAGUUCGCAAAUUAAAGAAUCGCUAAUAGAAUGUGCACCAACUGAGCGUGAUUUAUAUUGUUAUUAUUUCAUCACCAUGUAUCCAGGAUCAACAUUAAUCUUCUGUAAUGCCAUUGAAUCAGUAAAGAAAUUAAGCGCCAUGUUAAACAUUUUAAAAAUAUCUUCAUUCCAAAUACAUUCAUCAAUGACUCAAAAGAACCGUCUAAAAAAUUUGGAAAAAUAUCAACAACAAGCUCUGGUAAAUACUCCAUUGGGGAAACCAACAGUAUUGAUUGCUAGUGAUGUUGCUGCAAGAGGAUUGGAUAUUCCCGAUAUUAAACAUGUCAUUCAUUAUCAUUUACCUCGUUCAGCAGACGUUUAUAUUCAUAGAUCUGGUAGAACGGCUCGUGCAGACAAUGAAGGUGUAUCAGUUAUGGUGUGUUCACCACAAGAAGCUAUGGGCCCAUUGAGGAAAUUAAGAAAAGUUUUGGCAGAUAAAAGCGGUAGUAGUAAAAGCUUUAAGAACAAGAAAUGGCAGAAGACUGUUCCAUUGUUACCCAUUGAGAUUGAUAUUGUUUCUCAAUUGAGAGAAAGGUCAAAAUUGGCGAGUGAACUGGCUGAUCAUGAUAUGGCUUCUUCAUCUUUAAGAAAAGAUGAUAAUUGGAUGAAGAAAGCUGCCGAUGACCUAGGUAUCGAUAUCGAUUCAGAUGAAGAAGAUAAAGAUAGUAUAUUACAUAGAAGUAAAACGAAGAAGCAAAACAAAACAAUGGAUAAAGAUAAGACGAAAUAUAUGAGAGCACAACUAAAUGAGCUUUUGAGACAACCUUUACGUAAGGAUAUGAGAAAAAAGUAUUUGACAGGUGGUCUGUUUAAUUUAGCUGAUGAUUUAGUAAAGAAAAGAGGACAUGAUACUAUCAUUGGGUUUAAUAAAGUUGAUGCUCUUGAGACAUUAAAAGCUAAGAAAAAUAAAAGACAGAAGAAGUAA